AUGGGUUCCGAUAUUCAGAGAAACAAGAUCUUCCCCAGUGGCAUUCAUGUCCCCAUUUUGACUUUCUUCAAAGAUGAUGCCCGUCAAGAGGUUGAUUGGGAGUUGCAGCAGAGGCACACUAAGUUUAUGGUCGAGUCGGGGUUGCAUGGAAUCGUCAUUGCCGGCUCCAACGGCGAAGCAGUCGCUCUAUCGACAGAUGAAAAGGUCGGACUCGUGCGACAAGCUAGACAGAUCGCAGAGCAGCUUGGUCGUCCUGAAAUCACCCUGACCCUAGGUUGCUCAGGGCAGGCAACCCGCCAAGUCAUCGACGAGACUGUCGCAGCUAAAGCGGCGGGCGCCGAUUUCGCCAUGGUUCUGACUCCCAGUUACUACCAUUUCGCCAUGGACUCGCAAGCCAUCAUCGCCUUCUUCCAGGAGGUGGCUGACCACAGCCCCAUUCCUGUCAUGGUGUACAAUUUCCCCGGCGUUUCUGCGGGCAUCGAUGUGAACUCGGAGAUUCUGGUCGCCCUCAGUGGACACCCCAAUAUUUCCGGGGCGAAGUUGACCUGUGGUGGUAUUGGGAAGGUCCCAAGAGUCGCGGCCGCUACGAAGGACUUCGGUAUCCUCAGUGGUCAAAUUGAUUGGAUGAUUCCCGCUAUGUCGGUGGGAGCUAUCGGGGCUAUCACGGGAAUGGCCAAUUUACACCCACGGGCCUGCGUCGAGCUUUAUGAUCUCUUCCAAGCAGGUAAGAUCCAGGAAGCAUCGAAAUUCCAAUUAGAAGUCGCCACCGCAGAAUUUGCCUUUGCAAAGGGAGGCAUCAACGGAAACAAGUGGGUGGUUGCUAAGCUGCUGGGAUAUCCUGCAAGCAGCGAUGCCUGCAGAAGGCCAUAUCCGCUUUUCAGAAACCCAAGCAAGCAAGAGGAAGUGCUUGGACUGGCAGAGAGGUUGACUGCAGUAGAGCAACAGCUGACCAAGCAGUCGAAAGCGUGA